AUUGCCACCACCCCCCACCAUGUCCCCAGAGGGCCCUUGCACUGCCUCGCCUCGCCUGUCUGGCCGCCUGCCGGCCCCUCCCGCUGCUCAGUACAGCUGUGCCUCCGUCCCGGACCCUUGACCAGGCGGGCUCACCGCUCGUGAGCGCUCAUCUUUGGUGACCCGAGGCGAGAGAAGACCCUCAGCCCCUCCCUUGCGAGAAUGACCAUGGCAAAGGGCGCAGCGUCUCUGGUGCUGGCGCUGCCCCUGCUCUUGAGUCUGGCACCGGCGCCCACCCUGGAAGGAUGCCCGUCGGCUUGCCGCUGCUCUUUCGCGAUGCUGCAGUGCCUGGAGCCCAACGGGAUCACCGGCGUGCCGGCUCUGGUGGCCCAAGAGAGCGAGAACGUGACGGAGAUCUACAUUGAAAACCAAGCGGCCCUGGAAAAUCUAACGCAAGCGGAGCUGAUUAACUACAAAGAGCUAAAAAACCUCACAGUGACGUCAUGCAAACUGAGACACAUCGCCGCCAACGCCUUCCGCCACAACCUGAAGCUACAGUAUGUGAACCUGGCGUCCAACGCUCUGGAGCACAUCUCGUGGCGGGUCUUUCAUUUUCUUCCCUUGCUCAACCUGGUUUUGGUGGACAACCCUUUGGUUUGCUCGUGUGAACUCCACUGGCUGCAGCAGUGGCAGCGCAGCGAGCGCGGGGAGCCGGACGACCAGCUGCUGACGUGUCGAGCUGCCGGACGCGAAGUGCUGCUCAACUCGCUCGUCUUAGACAACUGCAGUCUGCCCGAGGUCACCAUUCUGCCCUCCAACAACAAGGUCCAGGAGGGGGGCAACCUCACCUUUGAGUGUCACGUGACAGGAAGUCCCACCCCGCAAGUCAAGUGGCGCACACACGCUCUCCGCUCGCGCUUCGUUGCUCAGGAGAGAAUGUGGGGGUCCCCGCUAGAGGUGGUCCUGUACCUCAUCAACGUCUCAUCCAGUGACAACCUGCACAACCUGACCUGCGAGGCGGAGAACCAGGCCGGGCCCGGGGAGGACGUGGUGCAGCUCGACAUUGAGUUUCCAGCCAAGAUCCUGAACCUAAGCGACGCGGUUCAACUACACCACUGGUGCUUCUCGUUCGUGGUGGACGGCAACCCCGAGGCCAACAUCAGCUGGCUGUACGAGGGCGCGGAGCUGAAAGAGACUGCCUUCACAUACACGCAGCUCAUCCCGGACUCCAGCGAUGGCUCCAAGAAGCACGGCUGCCUGUCGCUGGACAAGCCCACGCACAUCAACAAUGGGCGCUACACCUUGCUGGUGGACAACAAGCUGGGCAAAGACAACGCCACCGCCAUCGGCAAGUUCAUGGACAACCCGUUCGGACUCUUCGACCCCGAGGGCAUCAUUCCCGUCAUCAACUUGGAUCCAAUUCCCACCAACAAAUCCGUCAUGGAUGUGACCGAGAACCUGGAGAGUCGAGUCUUUGUGGUGUCAGUGGCUGUGGGUCUGGCUGUGUUUGCAUGCGCCUUCCUGCUGGUCACCAUGUUGGUGAUCAACAAAUGCGGGCACAACUCUAAAUUCGGCAUUCACCGUUCGUCCGUGCUGGGCACCGAGGACGACCUGGCCAUGUCGCUGCGCUUCAUGAACUUGGGGAGCAGCCCGCCUUCCUCGGACGAAGAUUCGGGGCUGUCCAGCUUCGUGGAGAACCCGCAGUACUUCUGUGGCAUCAUCAAAGACAAAGACAUGUGCGUCCAGCACAUCAAGCGUGCCGACAUCGUGCUGAAGUGGGAGCUGGGCGAGGGCGCUUUCGGCAAAGUCUACCUGGCGGAGUGCGCCAACCUCAGCCCCAACAGCGACAAGAUGUUGGUCGCCAUCAAGACCCUGAAGGACGCCAACGAGUCAACCCGGCAGGACUUCCAGAGGGAGGCGGAGCUCCUGACGGUUCUGCAGCAUCAGCACAUCGUGCGUUUCUAUGGCGUGUGCACGGACGGAGAGCCGCUCGCCAUGGUCUUUGAGUACAUGCGCCACGGCGACCUCAAUCGCUUCCUCCGGGCUCACGGACCCGACGCUCGGAUGCUGGAGGAGUGCAAGAUGGCGGCGCUGGGCGAGCUGACCGUCCCUCAGAUGCUGCACAUUGCGGCCCAGAUCGCGUCGGGGAUGGUUUACUUGGCCUCGCUGCACUUUGUUCACCGAGACCUGGCCACGCGCAACUGCCUGGUCGGAGAAGGCCUGGUGGUCAAAAUCGGAGACUUUGGCAUGUCGCGGGACAUCUAUAGCACCGAUUAUUAUCGGGUGGGGGGCCGCACCAUGCUGCCAAUCCGCUGGAUGCCGCCCGAGAGCAUCAUGUACAGGAAGUUCACGACGGAGAGCGACAUCUGGAGCUUCGGCGUUGUCCUCUGGGAGAUCUUCACGUACGGCAAACAGCCCUGGUACCAGCUGUCCAACAGCGAGGCCAUCGAGUGCAUCACGCAGGGCCGCGAACUGGAGCGUCCCCGCACGUGCCCCAAACAAGUUUACCUGCUGAUGCGCGGCUGCUGGCAGCGAGAACCUCAGCAGAGAACGCUCAUCAAAGACAUCCACGCUCGCCUCCUCGCCCUCGUCAAGAACCCGCCCGUGUACCUCCACAUCCUCGCUUAGACGCCGCCGCAGCUCGCACCACUUCCAGCCCCAGACAACUCCACGUAAUAGCAUCUUUGUCUUUACCAGUGAGGCAACUCGGCAUACUCGUAAAAUGACUUUGCCCUACUAGUAACCUUUUUGAGGAACUUCACU